GGACGGCGCUUUGGAACGUUGCCUUCGUUUUCGCUCCACCGAGGGGGGCUCGCGAUGGCGCUGCCCGGGCUGGUGGUCCUCUUGGCGGCCGCGGCGGCUGGGGCUUCCCGCGCCCCGCGGUGGGAGUCGAUCGCCAGUUUGAGGACCGAGACGGCGGAGGCGAGGCAAGCAGAGGCGGUGCGGGAGCUGCUGGUGCGGCUGCUGGGCCCGCGAGCCGCCUCCGGCUUCUCGGUGUCGGUGAACCGCUCCUUGGCCGGGCCCGGAGGGCUCGACACUUACCGGCUGAGCUCCAGGACUCCGGGGGUGGUCAACGUCGCCGGCUCCAGCGGAGUGGCCGCUGCCUCGGGGAUCUAUCGCUACCUGAAGGACUUCUGCGGCUGCCACGUCUCAUGGUCCGGCAGGCAGCUCCGACUCCCGGACAAGCUGCCCCCGGUACCCUCCGAGAUCCUUGUCACCAGCCCCAACAGGUUCCGCUUCUACCAAAAUGUCUGCACUCAGAGCUACUCCUAUGUCUGGUGGAGCUGGGAACGGUGGGAACAAGAGAUUGACUGGAUGGCCCUCCAUGGCAUCAACAUGGCGCUUGCGUUCACCGGGCAGGAAGCAAUCUGGCAGCGGGUGUAUUUGUCUCUGGGACUGAACCAGUCAGAAAUCAAUGAGUAUUUCACUGGCCCGGCCUUUCUCGCUUGGAACCGAAUGGGGAACCUUCAUACCUGGGCAGGGCCUCUGCCUCUCUCCUGGCACCUGAAGCAGCUCUAUUUGCAGUAUAGGAUCCUGGAGAGAAUGCGUUCCCUGGGAAUGUUGACGGUGCUGCCUGCCUUCUCUGGACACAUCCCCCGUGGCGUUUUAAGGGUUUUCCCACUGCUCAAUGCAACGCGAUUGGGGAGCUGGAGCCACUUUGACUGCGCCUGCUCAUGCAGCUACCUCCUGUCACCUGAAGAUCCCAUGUUCCAGGUCAUUGGGACCCUCUUCCUAAAAGAAUUGAUCAAGGAGUUUGGCACAGACCACGUGUACAGCGCCGACACUUUCAACGAGAUGCGUCCACUCUCAUCAGAACCCACCUACCUAUCCAAGGUCAGCGCGGCUGUUUUCCAGUCUAUGGCUGGAGCGGACCCCGGAGCCGUGUGGCUGAUGCAAGGCUGGCUGUUCCAACAUCAGCCCGAUUUUUGGCAGCCAGCCCAAGUCCGAGCGCUCCUGCGGGGUGUGCCUCUCGGUCGGAUGGUGGUGUUGGACCUUUUUGCUGAAUCCAAGCCUGUCUAUCCUUGGACAGACUCCUUCUACGGGCAGCCUUUUAUUUGGUGCAUGCUUCACAACUUUGGGGGGAACCACGGCCUUUUCGGCACUGCAGAGAGCAUCAACCAAGGCCCUUUUGUGGCCAGGGCAUUCCCCCACUCCACCAUGGUGGGCGUCGGCCUGACUCCUGAGGGCAUCGAGCAGAACGACGCGAUGUACGAGCUCAUGACCGACCUGGGCUGGCGCAAGGAGCCGGUGGAUCUUCAGCAGUGGGUGGCUGAUUAUGCCGCGCAGCGCUACGGUGCCAGGAACGCAAAGGCAACAACCGCCUGGCAGCUGCUGCUCCAGAGCGUCUACAACUGUUCUGGAGUUUGCAUCAACCACAACCACAGCCCGCUCGUGCGCCGCCCGUCCUUGCGGAUGAACACGGAGCUGUGGUACAACCAGAGCACUGUCUAUGAAGCCUGGCGGCUGUUGCAGAGUUCGGCCGGAGAACUGGGCGCCAGCAGCACCUUCCGGUACGACUUGGUGGACGUGACCCGGCAGGCCAUGCAGCAGCUGGUGAGCAACUACUACUGGGAGAUCAAGCAGGCGUUUCAGGGCCAGCUGCUGUCUCCCCUGCUCACUGCCGGGGGGGUGCUGGUCUAUGACCUCCUCCCAGAACUGGACAACCUCCUUGCCAGCGACGAGCGGUUUUUGCUGGGGCACUGGCUGGAAUCGGCCCGUUCGAUGGCCACCAGCGACAAAGAGGCGGAGCUGUAUGACCUCAACGCGCGCAACCAGUUGACACUCUGGGGACCUCUCGGCAACAUCUUGGACUAUGCCAACAAGCAGCUGGGAGGGCUGGUGUUGGACUAUUACGGGGUGCGCUGGACUCUCUUUGUUUCCACCCUGGUGGAGUGCCUCAACACUGGAAUGCCCUUCCACCAGAACCAAUUCAACCAAGCCGUUUUCCAGGUAGAGAGGGGCUUUCUCUACAAUGGGAAACGGUACCCGGUCCAGCCCACCGGUAACACCCUGGCGAUAGCCCGGAAGAUAUUUCUCAAGUAUUACCCUACUGCCAAGAAGCGUGGACAUAUGGGUGCUGCAUAAAGACUUUUUACGGAUUGAAACACUUCCGCUGUUUGGACCGUAAAUCCAAAACUUGUUUCGCGCUCAAGCUUCGAGCCAGACCUGACGCUGCAGAGCUCGGGUGACUGUUCUGAAUACCUGUUCCAAAUGGAACAGGAACUCCAUCCAGGAAGGCGGUUUCUGAUUGGCACAGAGAGAGAGAGAAAGAGAUCUGUGGGGCUAAACUGGGCCUGGAAAUUUGUGCCCUUUGACCUGGAAUCACUUUAUCUCUUGUUUUCGAUUUGUAAAAGCUGGCG